GGAGACCGCGUCACACGUGUAAUUAACGGGAAGGUGUUAUGAAUUAUUCUGCACAGUGAUAUCCCGGAUGAAAACGUCUGCCACAUUAAGUGAUGUCACCUUUAAACACAUUUUUUUAAUCCAUGUGAACUGCAUAAUAUAAACAAAAGGUGCGAUUAUUAAUCUAGUGGUAAUUAUUUGGGUAAACAGUUAACGGGGAAUUUUAACGUGACUCGGAGUUGUUCCACGCAUUGGUAAGAAGUGUUUUACUGAUCAAAAAUGUGAUGAAUAAAAUGCGGGUAAUAGUUUUUAUCUGUAAUUUGUUGUUGCAUCGGGUAUCCGCCCAAAUAAUCGCGGAAGACGAAAAUGGAUAUACUUUUAUCAAUAAAGUAAGAUUUCCAUAUUCUGCCUACUAUGAUCCGUUUGUAGGGUUAAUAAUGGCAUUUGCUCUGGAGCUAACGGAUUCGCCGUACGACGGAGAAUUUGCUUGGAGUUUUGAAUUUAACUACUACCUACCGCAAAACGAAAGUAAAUAUACUUUUCCGCCAAUAGCUGGCGAAUCGACUGCGGAAAGAGGAUUUUUAGAUAGAACUACUCUGUACGAAAUGGUUGAAAGAAAAAUAGAUGUUUUUAGCGAAAACUUUGGUGGCGAACUUUGCUUUUUGAGGAUGAUCUGCGAGAUGACUUGUAACAGUACCAAAGAUACGGAUGUUCUGGGAGAUAUAAUGCACAUAUUACUAAGCCCAUCGUCCUCAGUGAAUAAAAAUUUACCAAAGAAAUAUUACAAUGCAGAGUUGUACGGCAAAAAGCACGGAUACUGUACCAAAUAUAUAAAAAAAUGCCCCAUAAAUCUGCUAGCUAUCUUUACUAGAUUUGGGAAAUAUCUGGAAAAUAAAUUAACUAAUUGAAGGCUACGACUUUUCUUUAAUACCCCAUUA